UUUGUUUUUGGACUGACAAUAUGAGUGUGGUGCAUUGCAUUAACAGGUUAUCUUCCUCCUCCCUUCCUGUUUUGGCUUUGCUGAGACAUUUGGUGUAUUUGUGCUUAGCCCAUAACAUUUGGUUUCGUGCUAGGCACGUUCCAGGGAAGGUCAACUCCAUUGCUGAUGCUCUUUCUCGUUUUCAGUGGUCCAGGUUUCGACUGCUGGCUCCCGAGGCGGACGAGGAGGGUACGGAAUGCCCAGCUUCCCUGUGGCCCCUGGUGGAGACGAAUUUAUGAGUUUGAUACAGGCAUCGGUUACGGCAGCGACAUGGAAGGGUUACGACGGAUCAUCUCCUGUGGUGCUUCUGGUGGGGCACUCAUACAUCUGUCGAGCGGCACUGCGUGCGGAGAAUCGUCCAGGGGGAAAAAACCUUGGUUUUUCCGGCACACGUGUGAUUUGGCGAGGCAUCAGUGGCAUGCGGUGGCUGCAAGUACUCCCUGAGGUGGUUCGCUUUAGCCGAGCUUAUGAUGGCCCGCUGGUACUGGUAAUUCACGCUGGGGGUAAUGAUUUGUGCCAAGUUCGGGUAGCUGAGCUUAUUUCUCUCAUAAAAUCUGAUAUGGUUCGUUUCCCCCCAUUUUUUAUGGAUUUGGUUAUAGUUUGGUCUGAGUUGGUGCCCAGGUUGGCGUGGAUCACUGGGGAUAUAGACAAGUUUCUGGCAGAGAUGAAACUGAAAGCAAAAGAUUGUGAAUUUAAAGACACAGAAGAUCUCAUGCUCAGAGAUAAAAUUGUGUUCAGCAUUACCAAUCCUGCACUGAAAGAGAAACUGUUAGCUGAUUCUGAUUUAACAUUAGAGAAAGCUGUGUCAGACUGCAGAAUUAAAGAGACAACAAAAGCAAGUUGA